AGCUCAUCUCGCCUUCAACAUGACUAGCAGAAAUGGACGAACGUCAAAGUAGUGGUGAACGAGUCAAAAUCAACGUGGGUGGCACAGUGUUCGAAACUACAGUCUCCACACUGACCAGGAUAGAUAAUACAAUGCUCUCCGCGAUGGUGGCAGAACGAUGGCGGAAUGGGGAGGAUUUAUUUGUGGAUCGAAACCCAACUCAUUUCGCAAAGAUAUUGGAUUACCUGAGAGACAGUGGUAAUGUUACUCUCCCCAAAGGAGAUGCUGCUCGAGAGGCCAUAAGAAAAGAAGCUGACUUCUACAACCUUCUUGGUCUUGCCGAGAUGUGCGUAUCCUACGCAUCCACAAAAAGAGUUAGUGAAGCCCGCGUGUCACGUAUCGCCCUUAGCGAUACUGUGCAGUGGAAGAAAAACUGUAUCGAAGCGUACUGGAAGCAUCUUGUCAAGAAUAUAUACGAACGCGAAUAUUGGCGGUAUAAAAAGAAUCACCUACAGUGUAUGACCUGUGGUAAGGAUGUAUCUAACUACGUUGGCCCCACAACCUCGCGCGGUAAUGUUGAAGCCAGUGAAACUGUGUUCAAUUACAAAGACUGGACACCGCUGAAACAACAUAUGCUUUACAUGAAUGGAAUCGUGUGGACGGAGCCUAAUGAGACCUGCUGUUAUGUAAAAUGGAAUGAUGAGUGGUUCACACACGUUCCACUAUCUGCAUUGCAAAGGGUGGACUCGGAAUAG